CUGAGGGACUAGAGGCUAGGGGAACACAUUCAGGAAGCUGUGUCCACUGAUAAGACUAGGGAGAAAACAUACGUUAACUAGAAUAGACACAUUUCUACUUAUUUUUAUUAUUUAUUUAACCUUAAGACUGAUUAAUUGUUCAGGUUUGCGUUUCCUUUAGGACGUAUGGUGUCUGGGUAGAUUGGUCACCUCUCCUGGAUAUGGCAGGUCUCUAUGGAUUGAAGAUCCUGCUGCUGUGGGCUGGGCUCAUUGAAUUGGCCAUAUAUACCACGCCAGCAACAUCAGUAUCUCUCACCCCCAAACCUACAAGCACUGCCCCCACACCCUCGGACGGAGGCAACUUCAACACAACAACACCAAAGUGUUCCUACAAGGUUAUUGCAACUAAAUUCGGCCUUCGUAUCAGUAUCAGCAACUUACCCCCAACCAACGUCACUAUAUCCUACAAGGAUUCAGACAACGAUAAUGCUUUGAUUGGGUUCCUCGUCUUCCUCAUCAUCUUGACAUCUCUGGCUCUCCUUUUCGUUCUCUAUAAGAUCUACAUUCUGCGCAGGAAGUCCACAAACAAUGGUGGGCCGAUGCCGAUGGAUCAGCUAAAUGAUGAGAAUAGCCUGCUGAAUGUGGAGCCAAUUGGAUCUGAGGUGCUCUUGGAUGCCUACAAGAGAAAGAUUGCUGAUGAGGGACGCCUUUUUCUUCAGGAGUUCCAGAGCAUCCCUAGGAUCUUUAGUCGCAACCCUAUCAGAGAGGCCAAGAAGUCCUGCAACCAGCCCAAGAACCGCUAUGUGGACAUCCUCCCAUAUGAUUACAACCGUGUCCAACUGACCACUGGAAAUGGAGAGGCUGGCUGUGACUACAUCAAUGCCAGCUUCAUUGAUGGUUUUAAGGAGUCCAAGAAGUACAUUGCUGCUCAAGGUCCCAAGGAUGAGACUGUGGCUGAUUUCUGGAGGAUGGUCUGGGAACAACAGUCCUCCAUCAUUGUCAUGGUGACACGUUGUGAGGAGGGAAACCGAGUCAAGUGUGCCCAGUAUUGGCCAUCCCCAGAAAGAGAGGCAGAGAUCUUUGAGGAGUUUAUUGUGAAGCUGAAUGGAGAAAAUCACUGCCCGGAUUACACCAUCCGCCACCUCAGCUUGGCAAACAAGAGGGAAAGGUGCGCAGAGAGGGAGGUGACCCAUAUCCAGUUCACCAGCUGGCCAGACCAUGGUGUGCCAGGAGAACCACACCUCCUCCUGAAGCUGAGGCGACGUGUCAACUCCUUCAAGAACUUCUUCAGUGGACCCAUAGUCAUCCAUUGCAGUGCUGGUGUUGGCAGAACAGGCACUUAUAUGGGCAUUGAUGCCAUGAUGGAAGGUCUGGAGGCUGAGGGCAGAGUGGACAUCUAUGGAUAUGUGGUCAGGCUCCGGCGCCAGAGAUGUCUCAUGGUUCAAGUGGAGGCCCAGUACAUCCUGAUCCACCAGGCCCUGAUAGAACAUAACCAGUUUGGAGAGACUGAGAUUCCCCUGGCUGAGUUCCAUUCCACACUGAGCACGCUCAAACAGAAAGAACAGGCCAGCGAACCCACUCUACUGGAGGUGGAGUUCCAGAGACUUCCAUGGUACAAGAACUGGCGGACAUUUAACACUGGGGUCAAUGAGGACAACAAGAAGAAGAAUCGUUAUUCUUCUGUUAUUCCAUAUGACUACAACAGAGUUCUGGUGAAGCUAGAGGAUGAGUGCAGCCGUGACCAGGAUGAUGAUAACGACUAUGAUAACGACUAUGACAACGAUGAGUCUUCGGAUGAAGAGGAAGAGUCCACCAAAUACAUCAACGCCACCCACAUAGACGGUUACUGGUGUCAGAAGAGUCUGAUAGCAACCCAGGGUCCUCUACCCGACACCAUUGGGGACUUCUGGCAGAUGGUCUUCCAGAAAAAGAUCAAGACCAUAGUGAUGCUCACAGAGUGCCAAGAAGGAGAACAGGAGUUCUGUUCAGCCUACUGGGGUGACGAGAAGAGAACCUUUGGGGACAUCGAGGUGGAAGUGACAGCCACAGAAACUCUCCCAGCUUACACCACUCGCAGUAUUCAAAUCCGUCACGCCAAGAGGAAAGAGUCACGUCAGAUGAAACAGUACCAUUUCCUGAAGUGGGCGGGACGGGAACUUCCAGAGAAGCCCCAGGAUUUCAUGGAUAUGAUCAAAAACAUCAAGCAGACCUGUGGCUAUGGCAACGGCAGGCCAGAGAAGAUCCUGCCUGCAGUGGUCCACUGCAAUGACGGCUCGUCUCGCUCGGGCAUCUUCUGUGCCUUGUGGAACCUCAUGGACAGUGCUGAGACGGAGAAACUGGUGGACGUGUUUCAAGUGGCAAAAGCCCUGCGCAAGGAGAGGCAGGGCAUGAUCAAUAGUCUGGAGCAGUACCAGUUCCUGUACGACGCAGUGGAGGGGGCGUUUCCUGUUCAGAACGGGGAAGUGAAGCAUGCAGCCACCACACCUUCUGGAGCUGACUCUGUCCAGGUCAUCAACGAGAACAAGCCAGAGCAGCCUGCCAGCGCUACCAUAGGCACCGAGCAACAGGCACUGGUGGUAGAGGAGGCAGAAGAGAGCACACCACUAGUGGCUGAGGCAGGGAAAGACACUGGUGCUGUUGCUGAGGGAAAGGAGGAUGAUCUUAAAGAUCCAGGAAGUCCCACAGAGAAGACCCCUCUGGGGGAAGGUAGUAACGGCCCUGUCAUCACUGUGGACGUGUGACAGAAUACUUUCUAAAGACAAUCAAAUGAUAUAUAGGUAGCUCGGUGCCUUUUACAGUGCCUGUGAUCAAUAGACCAUUCCCACCGAGCAAAGGAUGCUGAAAAUACAUUAAAAAGACAACUUUCAAAUUAUUUUGCUCAGGAGUUUGGAACAUGCUAAUAUAGAAUAAAAAUAGAGAAUCUCAAAAACAUUUAAUAUUGUUUUAUUUACAUAUUGAAUGUAUUAUACAUGUAAAGCUUUAAGUCAACAUGCUUUUUUAAAUGGAUUUUUAAACAUUUCCUAAAAGUUUUUGUAGCCUUAUUUCUGUAAAAUUAUGAAGUUAUAUUGUUUUUCUUACAAACUACAUAAGGUUGGAAAUUGCAAAUGUUAUUUUGGCAAGCAAAGUACGUGGUUAACUUUGCACUACACUGCUGUUUUCAAACUACAAUACAGAUUCAUAAUUUAAAAUCUUUUAUGAUGUAUGAAAAAUGGUUAUUAGUGCUGCAAAUGUAUUACGUCAUUGUAUGUAACAUCAUAAGCGCAACUCAAGCCUGUAUAUUAAUUUAGAUUAAGCAACACUUGUGUUUUUAAAUAAAGGAGUGCAAAACAUUUU